GCCCAGGCCGUGCGCAGCUGUAGUUCCACCUUCCAGGUGUUGUAACUCUGAGGGUUGCUGGGUUUUGUAAGUCUGAGGGUUGCUGGUGGGGCGACGCCCUUCGUUUUCCCUGCUCACCCCCCGAAAAUGACGGCUUCUCGCCGGCCGCGAACGGCACCUCCUCGCCGUCCCUGCUCUUCUUGGAGCUCCGCUGGGAUCCUGCUGGUGACCCUAGCGCUCCGGUUUCCCGCACCCACCGAUGCCUGUGAUGAGAUACCAAGAUAUGAAUCUAUGAAAGCCAAGGGUAAUCCUGUGCCCCCUGUAAGUCCUGGGUUCGCAGUAGAAUAUGAGUGUCGCCCAGGAUACAGGCUUAUUGUUCCUCUUGUUCGUCCCACCACCACUGUUUGUCAGCCUGAUGGCACAUGGGCACCUCCUCGUCUCCAGGAGGCUUGUACAAGAAAAUCAUGUCCACAGCGAGCAGAGCCCCUAAAUGGCCGCCUAGAAGGAAAUUUUCAGUUUGGUUCACAGGCUAACUACUCCUGUAAUGAGGGAUAUUACUUAGUUGGAACACCAGUUCUACGUUGUGAACUUGCUGGAGAUGGGAAAAAUGUGGAUUGGAGUGCUGACCCCCCACAGUGUGAAAAGAUUUUGUGUCAACCACCUAAACAAAUAGAAAAUGGAAUAUUCAGCAAUAGCCACAAGGAUACAUUUGAAUAUAAUGAAAUGGUAACUUACCGUUGUAAUCCUUCGACUGGGCCAGAUGAAUAUUCACUUGUUGGAGAGAGCAGACUGAUUUGUUCUGGGCCAAACAAAUGGAGUAGUGACCCUCCUGAGUGUAAAGUGGUCAAAUGUCCAUAUCCAUCACUCCCUAAUGGAACUAUUGUGUCAGGAUUUGGGAAAAAAUAUUACUACAAAGCAGGAGUUGAGUUUGAAUGCAACCAGGGUUAUUCCCUUGAAGGCAGCCGCAAAAUUGUCUGUGAGGCUAAUAAUGCCUGGGUACCCGAGAUUCCUCGCUGUGUUAAAGAUGUCAAGCCUAUUCAACCAACCGAGCGUCCAGUUCCAGGUAGUCCAGGACACCCCACUCCCAGUGAUAAAACACCAUCUAAUACAUCAGGUGCAGGAGUCAUUGUUGCGAUUGUUUUAGCUGUUGGUGCUUUCCUGGAACUUAUUGUCAUCUGAGUCCUGUAUCGACACAAGAAGAGGAAAGGGUAACUUAAAGCACGUUUCUUGAACAUAUUGGUGCCUCUCACUCUUGAUGUACUUUUGUGUAGCUUGUGUUUACACUCUGUAUUUCAUGCAUUUUUUUUCAAUGCGCCUACAUGACUUUGCCAUCAGAAUUGCAUUUCUUUACUAAAAAUAUUUACAGCGAAUUAUACUAUCAUUGUAACAAGAGAAAGCUAUAUGUCUAUAAGGAAAAUUAAAAAAAUUUUUUUUAAAUUUUA